GAGUGACGAGAGCCGAAGGAGCCAGGGGGCCAACGUUUGGAUCCUGUUUAAAGGGAUUUAGGAGCCGCAAAUUAAAUAAAAAAAAAAAAAAAAGGUAUGUUCGUCAGAGCUGCUUAUUUGAUUAGGCCUGUUUAGAGGGUGAGGUAACAGGUAACAAGGUGUGGCUUUUAAAGGGAAGAAAUAACAAAGGAGGAGGAAGAAGGGGAGGAGGAAGAGAGGAAAAAACAGAAGGGCGAGACAAUGAAGGAGAGGGAGAAUGAGCUGAGCCCUCUUCAGGAGUAAAUCUCUCUCAAUCUGAUCAGUGGGUGAGGAGGUGGACAAACUAUUUAACCAGCGUGGACACACAGGCUCUCAGGUUCGUCUUGGUGUUUCAUGGCACAGGGUCUUUCAGAAGAUCCUUCUCGUGGAUGUAGAAGUGUGUUUUUCUGGUCCUUCAUGUCUUCAUCCGCGCAGCAGAAGAUUCAGAGCGACCUUUACUUCCACCAGCAUCACUUAUCGUGAGGUGAAGCCAAGUUUUUAGGACUUUUUGGCCUCGACGUGGAUGGAGAUCAUGAGGAGCUCGGUGUUCCUUCUCCCGCUGGUGCUCUCCUUGCUUUCCCCUGCGUCUGCCACCUCAGGCUCAGACUUCAACUAUGGAGCCCACCCGCGUUUCGUCUGCACGCCGAUCCCCGCGGACGCAGAUCCUUCCUGCUUCCCCCCAGGAGGCAUGGGCGGCGGAUCGACGGGGCCCGGAGGACCAAACCAUCAGAGCGCCCCUCCCAGCGGCUGGUGGGGGGUGAGCGACGAGGCUAAAGCCACCAUCCUGCACCUCAGGGAGAGCCUCGUGCAGCAGAAGGAGAUCAUCCUGGACCAGAGGGAGACCAUCAGAGAGCUGACGGCCAAGCUGACCCUGUGCGAGGGCGGCGGCGGCGGGCGAGGCGCGUCGCCUCACGACGAUCACCACGGCUCCGUGUCGUACUCACACCACAGAGGACUCUCCGUUCACCACACGUCCUACACGGACAACGGCCACUACGGCAGACUCGUCCCAGAGGCACCGCACCACCCCUCCUCCGUCCAACGAUCGGACGGAGGGUACGGCGGCGACCACCAGGGGAAGGACAAACACGGGACGGCAGGGGACGGCACGUCGCCGACAGAGCAGAUGGAGAGGAUGCUGCAGGCGCUGAAAGAGAGACUGAGCAACCUGCAGAAGAGGAACACCUCCAGCACCUACUCCAGCUCUCUGAAGGAGCUGCUGCAGAGGAAGAUCAGCACCCUGGAGGAGCAGCUGCACCACCACGCCGCCUCCCUGGGCAGCAGCGUGGACCACCACCAGCACGGCGACGAAGAACACCACGAAGACGGACACAAGCACGACCCCGACGACGGACACCACGACGUUCACGACGACGACGGCGACCACUCGGACCAUCACUCAGACGAUCGCCACGAUGGAGAUCACGGCGAUCAUGAUGAGCGUCACGAAGAUGACAGUGAUGAGGAGGAGGAGGAAGAGGAGGAUGAAGGGGAGGAGGAGGAGGAAGAGGAAGAGGAGGAGGAACACAGGAGCAAUGAAGCAGACAGUCACAGUUACCUCCCACACACUGGCUACAGAACUGGUUUCCACUCCAAUAAGCUGGAAACGAUGCUCAACCAGCUGCACCUGACAGGUUCCAACAGGAAACAUGCAGAAAACCUGGACGCCUUCCAGAUCAGCUUCCCCAUGAGGACCAACUACAUGUACGGCCGGAUGAAGAGGACUCUCCUGCAGGAGAUCUUCGCCCUGACCUUGUGCCUCUGGAUGAAGGCGGGCGUGGGGCCCGGACUGGGGACCCCUUUCUCCUACUCUGCACCCGGACAGGCCAACGAACUGGUGCUCAUCGAGUGGGGGAACAACCCCAUAGAGCUGCUGAUCGAUGACAAGGCUGUGACGCUGCCUUUAUCUCUGAGCGACGGGAAGUGGCACCAUGUCUGUGUGACGUGGACAACCAGGGACGGGCAGUGGGAGGCCUACCAGGACGGUGUGCAGAGGGGGUCUGGGACCAACCUCUCCCCCUGGCACUCCAUCAAACCUGGAGGAGUCUUCAUCCUGGGGCAGGAGCAGGACACCCUUGGAGGCCGUUUUGAUGCCACUCAGUCGUACGUGGGUGAGAUGUCAGACCUGCACAUGUGGUCGCACGCCCUCAGCGCCGCUGACAUCUACAGCCUGGCCUCCUGCGGCAGCAACCUCCGGGGAGACGUCAUCGACUGGUCCGAGUCAGAGGUGGAGCUUCACGGGGGCGUGGCCAGGUAUCCCUUCGAUCCCUGUCACUGAACGUUUCAGCUGCAGAAGAGAAGAGGAAGAACCUCGAGAGAUCAGGAGAACAUCAUCGGACUUUUAAAUAUUCAGACUGUAUGCCUUCCUUUAAAGCUAUUUGUCAAAGGAUUAAAAAAAAAAAGGAGGAUAAAACUGUAGCCUGAUGACUGUUUACAGAGAAUGUGUAGCUACUUCUCUGCUGUUUCCAUGAAUUAGUGUUUUAUUAUAAACAGACAAGUGCUGACUGUGACAUAUUGUCACAAUGUGAAUAAAGACGCACCGCUUUCGGUUCUGUGCGGGAUGUGAGCAGAACCGAUAAAAAGGGUUCUGGCUGUAGGAUAGAGGUAGUUUAAUGAAACUCUGAGAUGUUUCCAGGAACCUCUUCAUUCUCUGGAUUCUGGUUUCAAAGUUUCCCAUGAAAACAUACAGCUAAUUUACCAAAGAUUAUUGUACAACUCAGAUUUUUCUCUUUUCCUGUUACUUAAAUCUACGUGUAAAGCUAGAUUUCAGAGAGUUUGGUGUUAAGCGCUCUGGUGUGACUGCCUCCGUUUGUGUUUUUGUAAGAUAUUUCAAGUGUCUGUUGUUUUUCCUCAACUUUUAUGUCUUCACAAUGCAAAUUUGUUCACAGAACAAACCCUUCAUGUUCAUCGCCUCUAGCUUGUGUGUAUUGAGGUUGUUGCACUGUGGCUUCUGAAUUUUGUCAUUUUUGGCCUUGAUUGUAUAUUUAUCAUUGUACAGCACGUGAUACAUUGAAGAUGUUAGCAAAGGGUUAAAAUCCCUUCAGUGUGAUUCUGUGUUCUUGUGAAAAUGUUUGUGAUUAAAGUAGAAAAAUUGA